GUGCAGAUUUGUAGUUGCAAAGAGUUCUUUCGGAAAUAGUUCAUAGGUUAUAGUCCAAUGUCCAGUAUCAUUGCAGGGCGUUCCAGUUUAGGACUGGGAUCUCAGUCCUCAUGGCUUUAGCUUCCCCUGUAUGAAGCCUCAAGCAGAUCUGAGAUAAACAGGAUCAGGACUCAAGAAUCUUUUGUACAAUUUCAGGUCGUCUUGACAAGUUGAAGUCCCUCGGGGAACAAUAGGCCCCAUUUCCUAAGCAUCGUUGUUAAUUAUUCACACAGAUUAACACAAGGCAAUUUAUCCAUCAGGCAGUCAUAUGUAAAUACACAAAAACUCAAACGUUAUCUCCCCACGUCUUUAAAGCUUGGCUUUGGGUUAGUUAGCCUGCAAGCUGUUUAACCCUUUCUGGCCAUAAGUUAUAUUUUUGUUGCAAUCAUAUAACAGUGGUAGCAAUAAUGAUUUGCAUGAUUAUAUUUUAAUUAGACAAUGUCACACCAUCAUUUUUCCUUCACCCAUUAGAUUCAAUUGAAGGACAAAGAAGAUUUUAGUUUCAGUAUGUAUAGGGCAGUAAAUAUAGAGGUGCACACAAAAAGGCUUUUGAUUAGUAUGUAAAAGAAUUAUGAGAGUUUAACAUACAAAACUCAUAAAAAUUACAUACAUAAAUACACAUAUUAACAUACAUAAAUCGUAAUAUUUGCUAAGGUAUGGAUGGAAGGGUGAAAUGGAUGGGUUGAUGGGAUGGGAUAAUUGGAUGGAUGAGGUGAUUGGAUGGAUUAGAUUAGAGAGAUGGAUGGGUAGGAAUGGAAGUGAUUCCUAGGCUUGGUAUACAGCCAGUAUCCCCUCCCAUGUUCACAGCAGGGUCAGGGCAGGUCUCCAAGGAGAGACAGGAGUUGUUGCUUGCCUGUUUCUUCUCAGUGCUGAAGAUCCAUGUGGGUGACUCAGUGGGAAGCAGCAGGGGAAGUCUAGUCUUGCCCUGAUGUCCUGUCAAUGUGCCUCAGCCCCACCCUGGAUGGACCCCUCUAGGGGCAAGAGGGCUGUUCUGUCUCUGCGCUGACUUGAGGGAGUCAAUCAGUGUCAGUUGUGAUCAUGGUUCUUGUGGGGUGAGCUCCUGCCCACUCCAAACUGGACUGAGCCCAUAAUGCAUUUGGGGGUGCCUGGAUCUGGGGUUUUGGUUUAAUCUGUUACAGAGAAAGGGGAGAACCAUGAAACUUGGAGCCAGAUCCCAGUUUGGAUCCCAAACUUCUCCAGCAUUCAGGCGCUUGGGUCAGGGGCACUUGCUCAAGCCCAUCUGUAAUUAUUCCCCCUUGUGAUACACAGAGAAACGCUCUGAACUCACCACUAGCCAGUGCUACUGAUCAAGUAUCUAUUUGUACGGAGUGUGGAGUGGAGGAGGAGGAAUGGCUGACACAGUGGGACAGCCCAGUGGAGGUGUGCGCCAUCGGAUCUCCAACCUCCUGCGGCUGGCAGACGAGGGAGGCCACAAGGACAUCGCGGCAGGCAUCAUGCAGGCAGCCAGGGUCCAGCCAGCUGCUGUGGCCUCCCUCCUAGUCCAGAUCCUCCAGCAGGACGAGGUGUCUGUCAGGCAGAAGGUGGCGGCAUAUGAGGGCCUCAGGACCAUGCUGCUGGAGCAGGGGAUGGAGGCAGGACUUAUCGGCAGCCUCAUUGCAGUGGCCUCCCAGCAGAUGAGGGUGGCUCCAGAGGAGGCCUUGAGCGAGCUCCAGGCGGCUGCCAGUGAUACCUUGGCCGCCCUUGCUGGCAGCUACUUCGGGCCGGUGAUGCGGGAGCUCCAGAAACACCUGAGGCCCUUUGUGCUGCCAGCGGAGUUCACCCUCCUCACCCUGGGCAAGGUCAUGGCGGCCAGCGUGUACAGGUGCGUCCCUUUCCUGGGCAUCACCCUGACCACCAUGCAGACUGUGAUGCGAGGGAUAGAGGACAGCAGGAGACGAGGGGCCUUCUGCACCGCCCUGGAGUGCAUGUGUGGGGCAAUCAGCACUUACCUGAGGAGCUGGGAGAGGAGCACCUAUCCACAAAUCACGCUCCAGCGCUUCUCUGCAUACCUGCUCCCCAUGUACCAGGACCUCAUCAGCGCCUGGCUGCCCAGCGAGGACAUGGAGGUCAAACUGGCUGUCCUCCAGGCCCUGGGGCCUAUGCUGAACAUCCUGCUGCCCAGGAAGGAUCUGCAAAACCAGAUCUACGGGGACAUCCCCCUGCUCCUGGCUCAGUAUGGGGAGAACAUCGAGGCCUUUUACAUCACCAAGGUUCUGGGACAGAUCUUGCAGGCCUCUUCCUCCAACAACCCGAUCCCAGAGGUGCAUGUGGAGGCCAUCUCCCAUACGCUGAGCUACCAGGUCACUUCCAAAGCGCAGCGGCCCUAUCGGCUCUGCAGGGAGAACCACACGGAGAUUUCCCACGUCUUCCUGCAACUCGCCCGUUCCCAUCCAUCAGAGCUGCUGGGGAUUUUCCAUCGAAAACUGGAGAUGGGCAGGGGAGAUACCCGUGUGGGGAUCCUGGCCCUGAUGUCAUACAUUAUUGGUGCUGAAGUUCCGGGGAUGGCCAGAUGGAAACACCUGUGCAUCAAAUCAGUGAAAUCAGUUCUUACCGACGGGAGUCCCAGGGAGCGUCCAAUGCGCAGCCUUCCCCUGGGGGGGCUGCUGGAAAAAAUGGUCCAGAAAACCAGCCUGGCCACGUUAGAAAUAAUCAUUGCCUCGGGCAGGGGGAUCAGCCAGGAGCUCUGGGUACGGCUCCUGGGGUACGUUCCCCGCACCCCUUACACUGAUUCCAUGACCCCCCUGUGCCGCUGCCUGAGGAUCCUGGCCGCGCAGCGGCAGCAGCACAGACAAGCAGCCCACGACUGCAGGGAGCCAGUGGCAUCUCCGACUCCCCAGCAGCUGCUGGCCCGGCUCCUGGUGCUGUCAGCAUCCCCCUUCGAGGGAGAAGGGCGUGGAGUGGCUGCGCUGCUCCUGCUGAACGCCCUGCGCCCUGAGAUGUAUGGGGACGAGGCAGAGCAGUGGUGGAUGGAGAUUCCAGCUAUGGUCCAGUAUCUUGACGGACAUAGCAAGUUCUCUCUGGACCAGACCGCGUGGGAGCACAAGCUGUUGGAGUUCCUCCAAAAGACCUUGGGGAGGAGCAAAGAGGGCGGCUGGAGCCAGGAUCUGAGCCACGAGCUGGGCCGGCAGAUGGGCAGCUAUGCCAACGCCUCCGUGGAGAAGGCUUUCCUCUGCAAGGCGCUGGGCACAGCCCUGGCCAUGAGCAAGGAUGUGGCUUCAGUGACAGGGCAGCUCCGGGAGCUGCUGCGCAUGGCCGACUAUCUGAAUGGUGCAGAGACGGAGUGCCUUGACUCCUGCCUGCAGCUCUGUGCCAGGGAGCAGCUGGAUGCGAUCCUGAGAGCUCUGGGUGACUUUGAGGAGGAAAUGGCAGAGGGGGAGGAUUCCUGGCAUCUCAGCCUGUGCAAGGGCCUGGCCCCACAGGAGAGGGACAGAGUGAAGAGCACCCUCCUGCUGUUCUACAGCAGUGCAGCAGCCCAGGCGUCCCCCCAGCAGCUGCUCCCUCGGCUGGCGGAAGAGAUCGUACCCAAAAUCCUGCACCAUUACAGCACCAGCACCCAGGCGCUGGGACUAAACGCCAGGCAGAUGGACACGGCCCUUACUCUGCGCUUCAUUGAGAGCAUCUCCGCAGUCAGCCUGGCCGUCCAGAGGAGCGGGGAAUCCCAGCCGCACCAGCUUCCCCACAAACAGGUGCUGCUCAGCCAGCUGCUGGAGAUCAUUAAGGCCGAGCCACGGAGCUCCCUGCUCUCCCCAGUUCGCCAGGAAGCAAUGGUGGCCAUCGGGCACCUGAGUAAAGUGAAGCAGCCACUGAGCUGCGAGAAGAAUCAGGAGUUGAUGGAGCAGUGUCUUGAUAGUGUCUUCUCCCUGCCUCCCCAGGAGUUCACUGAGGAUGUGGGGCCCAGCCAGACUCUUUAUGCCAGCACCAUGGCCACCCUGGAGGGGCUGAUGCAGAUAUUGCUGGAGGAGGAGGAGACGCCAGAGCGACUCCAGAGAACCUUCCGGCUCCUGCAGAGAUGGCUGGUGUCAGAGCAGGUGUGGGAGCGUGCCCGCGCCAUGCGGGUCAGCACCCACCUGCUGAAGGCAUAUCUCCAGACGGUCACCAUCACCACACAGAUCCCUCCUGGCCAGUUCAGCACUCUGGCUGGGACGCUGGGCCCCUACACCUGUGAUUCACUGGGCAGCAUCCGCCAGGGCGCAGGGGACGCCAUUGGGUGCCUGCUAGACAUACAAGUUGCCAAGCAGCCCUGGACCCUGAGGGGCCGAGACAAGGCGUGGGCGCUGAGGCGCGUGUGUCAGGAGCUGCAGAGUGCAGAUCCCGAGGAGGUGUGGGACGCGUCUAUCAAACUGGCCAAACUUGUCAGCAGGGCCCUGCCCAAGGCGGAGAUCCUGCCCUUCACCCAGACCCUGCUGGAGAGCCUGGGGGCCGUGAGCCAGGCCUGUGACCAGGCCAGUGUCCUGUGGUUUCACACGCUCCUGACAGACCGCGCCAGUGACCUGACGGACACAGUCCAGGCCAUCCUGAGCAUCACCAGCACCUACCUGCGCUGCCUGGAGGACCCUGAGCCGAGAGGGCUCCUGACCCAGGCAGUCUCACUGCUGGCUCAGCACCACCAGGAGGCUGUGGUCACCUACCUCCUCCAGCGCCCCCUGCCAUUGGAUAAGGACAGCAAGGAGCUCUGGGCAGCUCUGGCUGCCGAGGAUUUCUUCCAGGACAUCCUAAAGGAUUUGCUAGACCGGAUCCCCAGCGGGCCAGCAGCAGAGCAAGGGGCUGAGACCCAGGAGGUAGCAGUUGCCAAUCCCCUCUCGGUGGUCUGUGCCAUCGGUGAGGUGGUGAUGGGGACAGCGGUCGGGGAUGCGCUGGGCUCGCUGCUCCCUGAGCUCUGCUAUGCCCUCCUGUACCAGCUCAGCUGCACCCCGGACAGCGACACGCCAUUGCCCUCCAGGGCCGGGAGACCCCUGGCCAGCCCAAAGGGAGCUGCACUGCCACCCUCCACCCCCCGCAGCCUGACAGUGGUGGCACUCAGAGCCGUGCUCGCCAAGGGCUUGCAGGACGUGGCCAGGACCCUGGACAAGGAGCGAGGCUGGCACCUCCUGGAGGAUCCCCGCAGCUUCCCCGAGGGUGUCUCCCUGCUGGCGAGGGCUCUGGGGCAGGUGGGCGAUGCACCGCUGGAUAGGAUCCUGCAGCUCCUGUCCCCAUCCCUGAGCUCCCCAUGUGAGGACUGGAGAGUCACCGGCACGGCCUUCUACGCCGAGCUCCUGGGUCACCCCGGGCUGCAGCAGAGGAAGCUGCUGAGACCCGUCCUGGAGCACCUGGUGGCAGGGGCCAGCGAUGAGAGCGACAGCAUCCGCCGGCUGGCGGCGCGCGGGCUGGGGAACAUGGCCCAGGGGCUGCCGCACAAGUACUAA